AUGGCCUCCAGGACUUUGGCAGCAGGAAUAAUUUUCUUGUCACAGACUGUAGUUGGAAUCCUGGGCAAUUUCUCUCUUCUUUAUCACUAUCUUUUUCUUUACUACACUGACCGCAAGUUGAAGCUCAUAGAUUUGAUUCUUAUGCACCUAAUUAUAGCUAACUCCUUGGUCAUUGUCUCUAAAGGAAUUCCCCAGACAAUGACAGUUUUUGGGUUGAAACAUUUAUUCAAUGAUUUUGGAUGCAAACUUCUUUUGUACGUUCAGAGAGUAGGCAGAAGUGUGUCCAUUAAUACCACCUGCCUCUUGAGUGUCUUCCAGGUUAUCAUGAUCACUCCCAUGAACUCUAGUUGGAAGUACCUUAAAGUAAAAGCCCCAGAGUACACUGGCUACUCUAUUUCUUUCUGCUGGUUCAUGCACAUGGUGGUAAAUUUCAUUUUUCCUAUGUAUGUACUGGUCAAAUGGAAUAGCAAAAAUACCACAAAUAAAAGAGAUUUUGGGUACUGUUCCUCUGCGGGUAAUGACAAAAUCACAGACACACUAUAUACAGUAUUGCUAGUAUUCCCUGAAGUUUUAUUUUCUGUGCUUAUAAUCUGGUCCAGUGUCUCCAUGAUUCUCAUUCUAUACAAGCAUAAGCAACAGGUCCAACACAUUCAUAGCAUUAAUGUUAUGUCCAGACCUUCCCCUGAGUCUAGGGCCACCAAGAGCAUCCUUGUCCUGCUGAGCACCUUUGUGUCUUUUUACACAAUCUCCUCCAUCUUCAAUGCUUGUAUCGCCCUUCUCUAUAAUCCCAAUUGGUGGCUGGUAGAUGCUACUGCCUUCAUUUCUGUGUGUUUUCCAACUCUAAGCCCCUUUCUUCUCAUGAGCCGUGACUCCCCUGCAUUCAGAUUUUUUUCACUGGGUAAGGAGUGCAAAUCUUCUAAUAUUAUCAUAAAUAUGUAA